UCAGUUAUUGUCGCUCUUCGCUGCUGCCGCAAUGAAGACUUGCAUCCUUGUGGCUCUCUGCUUGCUGCUGAUCCAGCUGGCGAGCUCCCACAUGGCAGUUCCCUGCCAUGGCAUCACCUACUACGACUGUUACCAUUACUGCAGCCACGGCACCUGCGUCCCGAGUACCGAGUGCUUUCAUCGCUGCAACAGCGGCUGCGGCUGCCAAGAGGCCUUCAUCGUGAGGAAUAAUGGCGCUUGCAGGAAGCUGGAGGUGUGUCAAAUCGGCGACGACGAUGAGGAACCCACCCCACCGGAUUUCGGGCCACCGGGUGUUGGGCCACCGCCAGACCCGCCGCAACGAAGGUACCAAAAAGAGGGUAUCAGGCCACCGGGUUUCGGGCCUCCGGGUUUCGGGCCACCGGGUGUUGGGCCACCGCCAGACCCGCCGCGACGAAAGUACCAAAAAAAGGGUUAUGGGCCACCGGGUAUCAGGCCACCGGGUUUCGGGCCUCCGGGUUUCGGGCCACCGGGUGUUGGGCCACCGCCAGACCCGCCGCAACGAAGGUACCAAAAAGAGGGUUUCCUUCCCGCAGGUAAUGUUCCGCCACAGGAUGCUGAUGCUGGCCUGGGACGUAUGUUGCAUCCAAGCGAUUCAGAUCCGGGUCCUAACGCAGGUGGUGCUGUCGUAGACUCCUACGUCAGUACUGAUGAAGAGUCAGAAGUGAAAAAUGUUAUAGCUGACUCACUUAGUGAUGAAUAUACCAAAUAAAGCACCUGUUUCACAGAAAA